AUGGACGUCGUGCAGGCCGUGACCGGCUAUGUCAACAAGAUGGUGACGGCCGGCGACGCCCCUGGCGCGGGGUCCUCGGCGGCUGCGUCGGCCACCAUCUCGGCGAAAAUGAAGAUCUUGCUGCUCGACCGCGAGACAGUGCCCAUCGUGUCGACGGCCAUUACACAAUCGACGCUCCUGAACCACGAGGUGUACCUGACGGACCGGCUGGACAAUGCCAACCGCGAAAAGAUGCGCCAUCUGCGCUGCUACUGCUUCGUGCGGCCCUCGGCCGAGUCGAUCCAGCUGCUGGUCGAAGAGCUGCGCGACCCGCGCUACGGCGAAUACAACCUGUUCUUCAGCAACGUCGUCAAAAAGUCGUCGAUGGAGCGGCUUGCCGAGGCCGACGACCACGAGGUCGUCAAGCGCGUGCAGGAGUACUUUGCCGACUUUGUGGUCAUCAACCCGGACCUGUUCACGCUCGACCUCGGCCGCCUGUCGACCAGCAGCUUGAUCACGCACGUAUGGGGCCCCACGUCCGAUUCGUGGAACGCGGACGCGCUGCAGCGGUCGACCGAGGGCGUCCUGGCGGUGCUGCUGGCGCUCAAGAAGAAGCCGCUGAUCCGGUACACAAAGAGCAGCCUGCUUGCCAAGAAGCUGGCCACAGAGGUGCGGUACCGCAUGACACAGGAAGAGCAGCAGCUGUUUGAUUUCCGGCCCGUCGACACGCCGCCCAUCCUGCUGAUCCUGGACCGCCGCGAGGACGCCGUGACGCCGCUCCUCACGCAAUGGACGUACCAGGCGAUGGUGCACCAGUUGUUUGGCAUCCGCAACGGGCGCGUGGACCUGCAGGCCAAAGAGGCCCCCGCCGGCGCGGCAGGCCCGUCGUCCGAACCGGGCCCGGACCUGCGUGAGAUUGUGCUGUCGCAGGACCAGGACCCUUUUUUCAAAAAGAACAUGUACCUCAAUUUUGGCGACCUGGGUUCCAAUGUCAAGGACUAUGUGGCGCAGUUCCAGUCCAAGCACAAGAACAACGAGAACCUCGAGUCGAUUGCCGACAUGAAGCGGUUUGUGGAGGAAUACCCCGAGUUCCGGAAGCUGUCGGGCAAUGUCAGCAAGCAUGUGCACCUCAUCUCAGAGCUCAGCCGCCGCGUCGGCCAGGAGGACCUGUUGGAAGUCAGCGAGUGCGAGCAGAGCCUUGCUUGCAACGACAACCACGCGGCCGAUUUGAAGACGGUCCAAACACUGAUCCAGAAGCCAUCGGUGACGGCCGACGCCAAGGUCGGCCUGGUGGCAUUGUACGCCCUCCGCUACGAGAAGCAGAGCCAGACCAACCUGGCCAUGCUCGUGGAUCUACUGACGGCCGCCGGUAACGUGCCCCAGCGCAAGGCGGAUCUGGUGGCAAAGCUGCUCGCCUUCCAGCAGUCGUUGCACCAUGCAACUGCCGGCGGUAGCGGUGCCGGUGCGGGCGGCAUUGCCGACAUUUUCGAGUCGUCGGGCAUUUUUGCUGGCGGUGCCAAGGCCCUGCGCGGCCUCAAAGGUGUCGACAACGUGUAUACGAUGCACUCGCCGCUGCUCGAGACGACUCUCCAGAACCUCAUCAAGGGCCGGCUGCGCGAGCAGCAGUAUCCAUUCGUCGAGGGCGGUGGCACGACGCGUGACAAGCCACAGGACAUUGUCGUCUUUAUGGUAGGCGGUGCGACGUACGAGGAGGCCAAGACGGUAGCCAGUCUCAACGAGACGGCCCCCGGCGUGCGUAUCGUUCUGGGCGGCACGACCAUCCACAAUGCCGACAGCUUCUGGGAGGAGGUGGACGAAGCAGUGUCGUCGUGGCCAGAGCCGCCACCGACGACGGCUGCAGGACGGUUGCGCAAGGAGAUUGGGCGGCGAUAA